UCCGAGGCUCGCCGGAGGCCCGGGAACCGGGAUAAACAGGCCGGCCGGCGCGGCAGAGGGGGGCGGGCUGGAGCGUGGCCCCGCGCUUGGUCAUCCGGGUUCCGGGGCCCGGCGGAGGCCGCGCCGGGAGCCAGAGGGAAGUGCGGCCGCCCUGGAACCUGGAUAUCGCGCGAGGCAAGCCGCGCGCGGGCGGGCGGGCUAUGGCGCAGGCGGGUUGCGGGGCCGGCGCUGGUGGCAGGGCCCGGUGCAUGGCGGUCUGUCGGCGGAGUCGCCCUCGGGGGCUGUCAGAUUGGUGACCCAGAAGGAAAUCUCUGACCUCAUUGGUGGCCGGAAGCCAACUUCAUGUCUGAAGGCACAAGUGGCAGUUUGUCAUGGAAAGCUUGGGGCUGCAGACGGUGACCCUCAGUGAUGGGACGACAGCCUACGUCCAGCAAGCUGUCAAAGGAGAGAAGCUGCUUGAAGGGCAAGUGAUCCAGCUGGAGGACGGGACCACUGCAUACAUCCACCAGGUGACGAUACAGAAAGAGUCUUUCUCCUUUGAGGAUGGCCAACCUGUGCAGCUGGAGGAUGGCAGCGUGGCCUACAUACACCGCACACCCAAAGAGGGCUAUGACCCCAGCGCCCUGGAAGCUGUCCAGCUGGAAGACGGCUCCACCGCCUACAUUCAUCACCCUGUGUCUGAGCCGUCGGACAGCACCAUCCUGGCUGUGCAGACAGAGGUGGGCUUGGAGGACCUGGCAGCCGAGGACGAAGAGGGCUUCAGCACAGACACAGUGGUGGCCCUGGAGCAAUAUGCAAACAAGGUUCUGCAUGGUAGCUCGGCUCCCCAUAAUGGCAAAGGGCAGCAGAUUGGAGACAGAGCUUUCCGCUGCGGCUACAAGGGCUGUGGCCGUCUCUACACCACUGCCCAUCAUUUAAAGGUCCAUGAACGAGCUCACACGGGUGACCGUCCGUACAGGUGUGACUUCCCCAGCUGUGGAAAGGCCUUUGCCACAGGCUAUGGGCUAAAAAGUCACGUCCGUACUCAUACGGGUGAGAAACCAUACAAGUGCCCAGAGGAACUGUGCAGCAAAGCCUUCAAGACCUCAGGAGACCUGCAGAAGCACGUCCGGACCCACACAGGUGAACGCCCAUUCCGGUGUCCUUUUGAGGGCUGUGGCCGCUCCUUUACCACAUCGAACAUCCGGAAAGUACAUGUGCGUACCCACACAGGCGAGCGGCCCUACACCUGCCCCGAGCCCCACUGUGGCCGUGGCUUCACCAGUGCCACCAACUACAAGAAUCACGUGCGCAUCCAUACAGGGGAGAAGCCAUAUGUUUGCACGGUGCCAGGCUGCGGAAAACGCUUCACUGAGUACUCGAGCCUGUACAAGCACCACGUGGUGCACACACACUGCAAGCCCUAUACGUGCAGCAGCUGCGGCAAGACCUACCGGCAGACCUCCACCCUGGCCAUGCACAAGCGCAGCGCACAUGGGGAGCUGGAGGCCACCGAGGAGAGUGAGCAGGCCCUGUAUGAGCAGCAGCAGCUGGAGGCUGCCUCUGCUGCUGAGGAAAGCCCACCAACCAAACAAGCCCACAUUGCUUACCUUUCGGAGGUGAAGGAAGAGAGCAAUGACAUCCCAACCCAAGUAGCCAUGGUGACCGAGGAAGAUGGGGCCCCCCAGGUGGCUCUCAUCACUCAGGAUGGUGCCCAGCAGGUCAGCCUGUCCCCGGAAGACCUGCAGGCCCUGGGGAGUGCCAUCAGUGUGGUGACUCAGCACGGCAGCACCACCCUCACCAUCCCCAGUCACCACGAUGAACUGGCCACAGCUGGCACACAUACGGUCACCAUGGUCAGCGCCGAUGGCACCCAGACUCAGCCCGUCACAAUCAUUACCUCUGGGGCCCUGGUAACUGAGGACUCAAGUGUGACGUCUCUUCAUCAUCAGCAGGUGGCGCUGUUGGCCACAGCUAACGGAACACACAUCGCAGUGCAGCUGGAGGAGCAGCAGACCCUGGAGGAGGCCAUAAGUGUAGCCACCGCUGCCAUGCAGGAAGGGACUGUGACUCUGGAAACCACAGUGUCAGAGAGUGGCUGCUGAACCCAAUAGGACCGGCUCCACACAGUUCUGGAG